AACCCCAGUCAUACUAUUACAUACCCAAAUAUAUAAAUAAACCAUAGUUUCUCAUUACUAUUUUUAGAAAGCCUCUAGAUUUCUCUGUCCUCUCUCAAUUUCUCAUCUUCGAUCAGAACUCAAAAGCCAAAGCCAUGACCAAAGAAGAAGCUCAAAAGGAAAUCAAAAUGGGAGAUGCCUCUGAUUUCGUUAUGGUUGAAAAAGAAGAACUGCGGUGCAAAGAAGAAACCAAUGUUGUAGAGAAAGAAAAUUUGAAAGAGUAUGAUAUUCCAAUACAUGUUGAAGUAGAAGAAACAGGUAAAGUGGAAAAGAGUAAUAAAUGUGAACUAGAAAAUGAAGAAAUAAUGGAUAAUGGACAGGAGAAGAAUAUUGGUGAUUCUGUACGAGUAAAGAAAGUGGAGAGUAAUGAGAUGGAUAGUACGAAUAAUAAGGAAAAGAAAAUUGAGCAACUGAAGACGGAAGAUCUAAAAGAAGAAUCAGUGCAACAGCAGGUAAUCGAAAAUGAUAAGGACAAGAAAAGGAAAAAGAAAGAAGAGAAAGAAGAUGAGUUGAAGGAUAGGUCUGUGGAUGAAAAACAGAAGGAAAAAGAGGAUGGCAAGAAAAUUAAAGCAGAAAAGAAAGUUGAGAAGAAGCAAAAGGCAGCCGAGAAUGUAGAUGACAAAGCGGAAGAAUCAGAUGAAGAGUUAGAUAAGGAAAAAGACAAGAAAGGAGACAAGAAGAAGAAAAAGAAAGACAAGAAGCUGGAGGAUGAAGUUCAGGUGUCUGAAGAUGGAAAUGUGAAUACAAAAGAUGAAAAGGAACAGAAGAAAAAAGAGAAGGAUGAAGAAAAACACAAGGAGAAGGAGAAGAAAAAGAAUAAGAAUAAGCAGGAUGGAAAAACAAAGGAAGAAUCAGAGGAGAAAAAGGAGAAGGAAAUGAAGAAGAAACAGAAAGAUAAGAAGCCGAAAGGUGAAGAUGAAAAAAAGGAGAAGAAGGAUGAGGUUGUUGAGGGGUCAGAGAAGCAUGAAUCUAAGAAAGAUAAGGAAGUCGAGCAUGAGGAAGCAGAAGGAUCAGAGGAAGAACUAGCGAAGGAGAAAGACAAGAAAGGAGACAAGAAGAAUGAGAAGGAAGACAAGAAGCAUGAGGUUGAAGAUGAGGUUAAGGUACAGUCAGAACAUGGAAAAGAGAAGGAAAAGGACAAGAAAAAUAAGAAAAAGGAAAAGAAGGAUGAUGAUAAAGGGAAGAAAGAGAAGAAAACGAACAUGGAAAACUGUGAAAUUAAGGAAAGCUCUAAGGAAAAAUCUGCAGAGGAAGAGGGGAACAGCGAAAAGAAAGAUAAGAAGCAUAAAAGUAAAGACAUAGAAAGGGAAACUAAGGAUGAGGCAGGGUCAAAGGAGGAUGGGGAGAAAGAAAAUAAGAAAGAUAAGCUGAAGAAUAAAUCCGAGUAUGAGAAAACAAGAGAUUUUGCAGAAGAAGCAGAAGAGCAGCAGGACAAAAAGGAAGGAAAGAAAGAGAAAAAGAAAGACAAGAAAAAGCAUAAGGUUGGGGAUAAGUCAGAGGGAGAAUCUGAAGCAGAAAGGAAAACGGAGGAAGUAGAAGGAAAAAAGAAAUUGAAGAAAGAUAAGAAGCUGAAAGGCGAGUCUCAUGUAGAAGAUGAAUCAGCAGAAGACAUUGAGGACAAGAAGGAAAAAAAGAAAGAUAAGAAAAAAUCAAAGGAUGAUCAGAAGUGUAAGGAUGAAAUUGCAUCUAGGGAUAUAACUAGUGACAAAGAUUUGGAGGAUAUUGACGAGGAGGAGCAGAAGAAAGAGAAGAAAAAGAAGAAGAAGGAAAAGAGUAAAAAGGACGAGGAAGGUGGCAAUGUCAAGGAUCUUGAGAAGCUAAAGAAGAAGCUGGGAAAGGUUGAGGGAAAGAUAGAAGCCCUUCUUAUUGAAAAGGUCAACCUCUUGAGUCAGAUCAAAGAGGCAGAGGAUAAGAACCGUGCAUUGGUCGACACAGUCAAAGAAGUUCAGGGUGCCUCUUCCACAGUUCAGACAGGGAAGAUGAAGGAGGUGGUGACGAAAAGCAAUGAUCACACUGAAAAACAUGCAGAUGUAGUCGUACUUGUAUCUGAGGAUGUAAAGCUCGAGAAGGCAGAGCUUGAGCACUUUGUCCUUCCUGACAAAAGUAAAGAUGUAUCCAUAACUGAAGUUUAAACUCAAGGUCUCAAGCAGUGUAGGAUUUUUUUGCAGACUGCUUUAGAAGGAGAUGAAGAUGGUUGGUGAGACACUUGUAUUUUAUGUACUUUUUGUUGUUUGUGUACUGUGAGAUAACUUUGUGUGAAAAAAAUGUGUAUGAAUGUUUUAUAAAUAAAUAAAAUAUGGUAAAUUUUGUUGA